CUUGUGGAACAGCCAUGGCAAGAUACAACGUCCUUAUUUUACAUAGUUCAGAUCUAAACAAAAGGUCCUCUGUGGCUACCUGAUAUCCAUUUUCUUCACCCCCAAGAUGGAUGAAGAAAAGUAUCAAGAUGACUUCCGAACAUAUAAAGAAAGAAGUUGCUUUCACUACAACCAGAGGCCUAUCUUAAAAGUCUACGUGCUGUUGGGUGUCUCUUUCCUGCUGAUUGGUAUAUACUACGUUGUGGUUCUUUCCCAAGUAGCCACACUUUCAACAGACCUGAGCCAAAUGGACUUCCAGUUUCCAAACCAGUCUUCUGACCUUGAUUUACUAUUGUUCCCAUGUGGUCCUGAGAACAGAGAGUGGGAAUACUUCAAUGGAAAGUGUUACCAUUUUUCCCUGGAGAAAACUUCUUGGAUGCAAGCCAAGACACAAUGCCAAGGGAGACAUUCACAUCUGGUUGUCAUCAAUAAUAUGGCCGAACAGAAUUUUCUUCAGACCCGGACUAGGAAUGAACGCUACUGGAUGGGACUCACUGAUCUAGAAUUAGAAGGACAUUGGAGAUGGGUUGAUGGAAGUGAUUACAGAAACAGCUUCACGUACUGGGGUGUAGGGGAGCCCAAUAACGAUAACUAUAGGACCAGUGAGGACUGUGCCCAUCUCUGGGGCAAUGGAGCAUGGAAUGAUGUCUACUGCACCUACUUAUGCUUCUACAUCUGCGAGAAGCCCUUGCCGCAUCCUAGGCCAGCAAACUAAAGGGGGAUCUCUGAGCCACGUAGAACUGAAUGCCCUAGUUGCCACGCACUGCAGAUUCUACCCUCCGGACACGUGUACACAAAGGGAGCAAUGCAAACUUUCUGAAGAAAACCAUGUAAAUUCUGAAGGAGCUUCCAAAAUGUCAUUUUUCAAUCCUUUAAUGUUAAUAUUUGAUCAAUUUUGUAAAUCCUUACGAAUUCUGAAAAUCGUUACUGGGCUGGUUCAGAAAUCACACAGAGCCUCAGUUAAAACCUGGCUCAGCACAGCAUCCCUGAGCCUUGUGAGCAUGUGCUUCCCUGCCUCUGCCUGAAGCAGCGUUUACUCCUGAUUUAGAGUAAAAUAAACCAGGAUUGGUUGUGAUAUCCAAACCAAUGGAUCUUGGUUUAUUCUAACACACUUACUUGAAAUAAACUGUAAUCUGUAACUCACUUCAAACCUUGGUUUCAUAUCACAGUUUAUUUCAGGUAAGUAGAUUAAAUAAACCAAGAUUGGUUGGUUCAGACCUCCGAACCAUUCUUGGUUUAUUUUCACCUAACUUUGAAGUAGACAUGUGAACUUCAAAGUUCACCUAACUUUGAAGUAGACACUCAUUAUGUGGGCAUGAGAACAAGGAACAUGCACUCCCAAGGCCUGAGGAUGUUGUGCAUAGCUUGGCUUUAAGUUAGGAUCCACAUGACAUCUGAACCAGCCCACAGACUACUGUACAGAGGACUUCUGGUCUUUAUUGUUUUGGAGUUCUACAGCUAAACCAAACAGAUUUGAUUGGCUGUCAUUUUGUGUUUCUUGACAUUUGGUUUGAAACUUAAAUAAUAGUCCCAGUUUCUCUUUAAAAUGUGACAUUCAGAAAUAUUAGAACGAUCAACCUGAUCCAGAAGUCCAUGAGUGCUGCCAUGUGCAUUUAGGGCUCCACCACAUGCAGGCUGCCUCAUUCACUUGUGAAUGAAGAAGAAGUUGCACACAAAUUGAGCAAUGCUCACAUACAACCAUACCUCAGUCCACAUGUCUGAGCUCUCAGUUCUUGCAGCAAAUUACUAGAUAGGGACUACUGUGUUGAAAAAUAUUAAAAUUACUUCUGAAAUGCCAA